AUGCGAGUGAGGAGAGUUUGCUCAAUACGAAGAUGUCAUCGAAAAGCUAUAACCAUUAGCGAUCAUGGCAACAUACGCUUUCGCACAACCGUCGUCGUCAAACUGUAUAAAAGCGUGUACAGAAAAGUCUACGCAUCCUCCAGCACCGAAAUGAUCCUUCUUCUCUUCGUUGCAUUUCUUAGCUCUGCGCAGGCAUGCGCUCCCGGUACCAGUCCGAGUGAAGAAGUUUCAACAACUCCUGGCGAAACUCGAAAACCUCAGAACGAGAAGGUUGUGGUGACAGUGAUCAGCAAUCAAACAUUCGAUCCAACGAAGAACCAUGCACAUCUGAAAGUGGUUAGAGCUCUGCUCGAUGACUACGUUCAUUCCAAUGGACUGGCUUUUGAUAGGGAUUUAGUGCAGGAAAUCGUGGAGAAUAUGAACGGAAAGUUUGCUAUCAGAUACGUGAUAAUCGGUGCUGAUUGCGAGCAGGUGGAACAAUUCGUGCGCGGUGUGAAGAAUCACGCCAACUACAUCACAGUUGUUAAACUCCAGUGUGGAAGCAAUCCUGAGAUCGUAAUCAAUUGA